CAGCUGUGUGGUGAGCUUCUGCAAACUUGAUACUUGAUGCCAGAAUCCCUUGAUUUUUUCCCACAGAUCCUCUUAUCUUAGGCAAGUUUCCGAUCCAAUUCAUUGCUGCUGAAUCCUUGUAGCUAGAUUUGAUUUUUUGCAGAUCGGGAAAGGGGAUAUGGCAUUGGCGGCCAUUAAAGCACUCUCGAUUUAUAACUCACUGCAUUUUCAGACGAGGCUUGUUUGAAUCUCGGAUUGCUUUUUCUCGAUGCUUCUAGUUUAUCUCUGCACAAUUCUCCUGUUCCAAGCGGCGGUUGCUCAACCGAGAUCGGAGCUCUCCGCUAUCGCGCUCGAUUCUCUGCUACAGGACUACGCUUUUAGGGCUUUAGUCAGGCCGAAGACCGGCAUUGUCUACGACGGCAAUGUGCCGUCCAAUUUGACCGGUAUCUCCGUGGCGGCGCUGCGGCUUAGGAGCGGCAGCCUGCGGCGGAAGGGGGUGGAUUAUAAGGAGUUUCACCUGCCAGUAGGUGUGACUGCGCAGCCCUAUGUUGAGCGGCUUGUGUUGGUUUACCACAGUUUGGGAAAUUGGUCUUCGUUAUACUACCCUCUUCCCGGCCGGACCUUUUUAGCUCCGGUUUUAGGGCUUUUAGCCUACGAUGCUUCCAAUUUAUCCGCCAAAAAUCUCUCCGAGCUCGAUAUUCGGGCCUCGGGUGACCGCAUUUCGGUAACGUUCCCAACGGUACUUGCCGGGCCGGGAGGGUUAGCCCCUAAAUGCGUACAUUUCGCUUUGGACGGUAGCGUGGAGUUCGAGAAUGUUGUGAAUGGGACUACUUGUUUGACCGCUGACCAGGGGCAUUACUCAAUUGUGGUGGAGACGGUGCCGGCUCCGGCUCCGGCACCGGCACCAGGCGGAGGUGCGCCGCGGAGAAGCGGCGGGGUGGGGAAAGGGGGAGGGAAUAGGAGGGUUUGGAUAAUUGUGGCAGCGGUGGUGGGAGGAGUGGCGCUUGUGGCGGCGCUGGUAAUGCUGUUCGUUUAUGUGAGGGGGUGCCGGCGGCGGAAGAAGCUCCGGCGGAUGGAGCACGCGGCGGAGGUGGGGGUGCCGCUGCCGAUGACGCCGGUGGGGAACACGAAGGCGCCGGUGGCGAUGGAGACGCGGACGAAACCCUUGUUGGAGAAUGAAUUUGUGCCUUGAUUUCUGGUAAAUUUCCAAAUAUUUUACUCAUUUUCUUUCAAUUGGGAUUUUCGUCUUCGUUGAUUAAACACAUUCAAAAAAGGGAAAUUCUUUACUUAAAAUUAGUGUUCAGUUUGUUUUGAUCAUAAUUUAUUUUGGAGCUUGAGAAAAAUGUAGGACGAUUUGGAUCCGUUGAUUAUUAUUGUGCAGGUUGUUACUUAUCUCUUUGCAUGAUGUACAAAUAUUGGUGCAAUUAAAUUGGAGAAUUAAGCCAUUUUUCUAAGCCAA